UUGGCAGUUUAAAUAAAAAACAGCUGGCGCCUCGAGAGUCAUUUGUCACGUUGAAAACAAAAAAAACACCGAUGAUACACACACACCCUGGCCUCUCUCGAGUCUUGUAAACGUGCAGCAGCAAGAAACACAUCCAUCUAUUUAUAGGGGGGUUGGAAAGGAAGGAUGUUGGAAGAGAGAAAGAUGUCAGGGUAUAUAGAGUUAAGAAAUUAUGUUUUAAGGCGGGCGUGUGCCGGCCCAGUUUGGGUGGGAGAAAAAUGGGUCGCCCACACACCGACAGACAAGAGACUCUCUGGUCGGCCGAACGAUCUGUACAAGUCCGUCGUUAAUUUUGUCGUGUUCCAUUUCAUCCGGAAUCGAUGCUUAUCAAUCCUGGGCCGCUAUUCUUAUUGUAUUCUUUUGUAUAGCGUCUGCCAUCAGCCUCUUUUUCUUCUUCCUCCUCUAACCCCGUAUCUAUCAAUCUGAGCUGGAGCACACGACUUGACAAAAGCGAAAGAAAAGAUUCUUCCAGAUCACCUCCCAACAUAAUAGAUGUUUUCUUCUUCUUCUGGUCUGGUCGGACUCGCCAGUAUUGGGCCAUUUGCAGGAGACGGGGGGUGUAGCAGCAGCAGCAGCUCUGCCUUAUUAUAUACAGUUGAGAGAGAGAUGAUGAUAUUCUAUACCUUUUCUUCCCCCCUCAAUGAUGCCUUUGCCCCGAAAUGUUUUGAAUGCACCACGAUAGAUGCGUUAUCUUGGCCCGCUCGAGCGUCUCAUUCUUUUUUGAAUCAUUUCAGCCUAGAGUCGGUCGUGGCCAGCCGCUGUUACGACACAUGAGGAACUUUUUUUUCUUCUUCUCCUCUCUUUACCAUAAUGCCAUUACGACGAUAAUCUAUUAUAUUGUAUCUUUUCUUCUUCUUUUUCUUUUUGUUGUUGGAGCGGAGAAAUGUCUUUUGGGGGAUGGAGGAGAGAAAAGAAACCCAAGACCGACCGACCCCCUACAACACCGGGGUGAUUUGGGUGGGAGAAGAAGAUGAGGGACUUUGAUUUCACUCGGUUGUUUUUUUUUUUCGUCUUCUUUUCCCUCCAUGAAACGAAAUUUUCUUUCCCUUCAUGUUUUUUAUAUUUUCACAACUUUGAAAUGAGAUUCUUUUCAUCAGAAGGAGAUGAUUAUCGCAGACUAUCGAACAGAUUCCCCGUAGCUGUCUGCAUCUUGUGGCCGUGCGCUUCUCUUUUAUUUAAAAUGUGUCCAUCCAAUAUUUAUAAAUGGGAGAGAGAAAGAAGCGUGUGCCCUGGUGUACGUUGGGCCAGCUACAGGUCGGUCCAGCCAAGAAAGAGGUCCGGCCCGCCUGCUGGCCUUUUCUUUCCAAGGGUUUGCACUAAAAAAGAGAAAAAUCUUGUGAGAGAGAGAGAGGAGAGAAAAGAGGUUUGUGUUGUUUUAUUUAUUUCGGUAAACCUCCGCGCGCACAAGUCAAAAAGGGAAAACAUCCUUGUGCUGCUGCUGCUGUUGUUGUUGUUAUUGGUUGCAUUCUUUCGCUUCUUGUGUUUUUUUCGAGCCGGGCAAAAACAACACUGAAAUAAUAUUUUCAGCUUUUUUACGAGUUUCAUCUUUUUCUUUCUCUGCUGCAUGGCUCCUUUUUCGGACGAAAGGACAUGAGCGGAGGUUUGCGUGCUGAUUUGUCAACAUGGCCGGCGACCGACCACCACCGGCUAAGAAGAAAGAAAAGAAAUAAAAAAAUGGAUUUGGGGAUUUGAUAAGAAGACAACAACAACAAUGAAAAAACGCCGCCAUUUUUUUUGAAUAAAAUCAAAUAGACAAAGUUGAUUGUAUAUAGAGAAAACGGGAUUUCUUCUUCUCGGCGUGUCGUGUGGUCCGGCUCAUUUCUGCCCAGUUUUUCUUUCUUUUUCUAUUUUUUUUUUUAAAUAAAAAUUCCCUUUGACGAAAUGCCAUCUGUGUGGUUGAGCUGUAGGCUUUGCUCCGGCUCAGCUCACAGGGAAAAUAAAAAGAGACGACGACCGACGACGACGACGAGCCCGGAACAUUUUCCCAGGUUCUUUUUUCGAACCACUUUCUUCUUCUUUUUCUCUCUUUCUUCUCCCUCCUUCUCUCACGUUUCAUCUGGCCUUUCUUCUUUAACAGUUGCAUUCAUCCAGUCAGUUGCCUCUUUUUUCCUUUCGAGUCGGCUGGUUCCCGACCGCGACCGUUCGCCACUACCCACAGACCCACAAGGGUGGCCAAAGGAGAAAAGAUGGAGAGACAGACAAAAAGUAAAAAGAGAAGAGAGAGAAAAAAGAGACUUGAGGGACUGACAAGAGUAUAGUGGUGGUACUGGUGGUGGAGGUGGAGAGAGGGGGGGAGGUCCGUCCAAACAUUUUCCCGUCCAGGCAGCUCAGUCGACGUUGGCAGCUCCAGCCAACCACACGUUUCAUUUCAGAUAGAUAUAUACAGACGACGACUAUAUACUACUACCUGCCAUUUGCCCAGUUUUACUCGAGUGUCUGUGCCCCCGUGUGUGUGUGUGUGUGUCUGUGCCAUCUCUUCUCUCUUUCUAUUGAAAUAAGAAAAAAAACGAGAUUUCAAUUUAUUUUUUCCCCAUUCAAGUGAAUUGACAAGGAGAAGAAAGUUUCGAGUGUUUGUCUUUUUGCUUUUGGCACCAGUUUUUCUGUUGUUUGUUUUCCGGCGUGGAGAACCGGCCAAGGGAAGAAGGAGAUCUUCAUUCUCCACAUGGAUCGGAUUUGGAUUGACAAGCGAAACUGGCUCAUCGUCUAGCGAUUUGGUGCCGACGCUAAUGGACAUCUUUGACUCGAUGAUUGGGAAUCAACAGGCCCCUCAUCAUCAUCAUCCUCUUCACAGCAUGUCGCCGCCUUCGCCGACGUCGGAUUCCUCGUGCGCAUCGUCGACGACGACGUUGGCGUCCGCUGGCAAUCUGUCGUCGAAUCAGCAGCUGCCGCGCCAUUUUCCCGUUUUGAAAAUCGUCGAGCCGGGCGAUUCGCCUCUGAUCCUCCAGCAGCAACAGCAAAUGACGCCAAACGCCGUCUCGCCACUCGCCAAUGACGGGCCAGCAGCAGCAGCAGCAGCGACUAGUAAUAACGCGAUACGGUCUGGCGGCAGCGGCGGCGUCCGAAAUGGAAUGGCGACUUGUUCCUCGUCGUCUCCCCGCCGUUCCGUCUCUUUCCGCUCGUCUGAAUUGGCGCCAGCCAAAGAGGCGGCGGCGGCCGUGACGUCAACGACGUCGACAUCGUCCAGGUGUGGCAGUUCGUCUUCCUCGUCUUCGUUGACGUCACUGGCGGCGCCAGCGUCCAGUGUCCACUCGGUGGCCACCACCUCGUCUUGCUCGUCACAUUCGACAUUGUCGUCCUCGACUUGGUCCGCUUGUGCAGACGGCAGCGGCGACGGCCAUUUGAAUUCAGACGAGAGUCUGGACGCCGCUGCAACUUGUGGCGGUGGCGUCACGGUGGCCGCUGCUGCAACUCCAUCGGGCGCAUCAGCGGCUGUGGCUGCGGCCGGUUCAGGUUCGCCCAGCCGGCGACCGCGAAGCAGCGCCGUCAACAGCGAUCUCCAUCAUCUGAGGCACUCGGGCGACUCUGGAGACAGCGGCGUGAGCAGUCCCGGCCCGCCCAGCUCGGAGGCAUCGGAGCAGAAACAUUCGGGCGAAGAGGAGGAAGAAGAAGAAGACGCGGACGAGGAGGACGACAGAGGCAGCGACAAUCUCUCGUACAUGGACCGCGUCGUCAUGGAGGUGGUCGAGUCCGAGACCGUCUACGUCCGCGACUUGCAGCAGGUCGUCGAGGGUUAUUUGUAUUUUUGGCGGGACGAAGGGGAGCGAGCGCCGCUGAGUCCCGAACAGGCGGUCGCCCUUUUCGGCAACGUGGACGACAUUUACCGUUUCAACAGCCAAUUCCUGACGCAACUGCAGUCGUGCGGGCUCGAUCCCGUCGAAGUGGCCCGCUGCUUCGUUCGCAACAAUUCCGGCUUCACCAUCUACACCGACUACUGCACCAACUACCCCAGGAAAGUGUCGGUGCUGACAGAUUUGAUGAGGAACGAGGCGGCCAGCCGGGCGUGUCGCGAGAGGCAGACGCAAUUGCAGCACACGCUGCCGCUCGGCUCCUACCUGCUCAAACCGGUCCAGCGCAUCCUCAAGUACCACCUGCUGCUGCAGAACAUUGUCAAGCACUGCGACCGAUCGCAGACGCCCGGCUACACGGACAUCAUCGUGGCCCUGUCGGCCAUGACGGGCAUCGCUCACCACAUCAACGACAUGAAGCGAAAGCACGAACACGCCGUCAGAGUCCAGGAGGUGCAGAGUCUUUUGGACGGCUGGCCGGGCGAGGACCUGACCACCUACGGCGAACUGGUGGCCGAGGGCUCGUUCCGCAUGUACGGAGCCAAGGCGCCCCGCCACGUUUUCUUGCUGGAUCGCAUGUUGCUCAUCGUCAAGCGAAAGGAGGACGGCACUUUGGGCUACAAAGUUCACAUCAUGUGUUCCAAUCUCAUGCUGAUUGAGAGUGUUCCCGGCGAGCCGCUUAGUUUUCACGUCAUCCCGUUUGACAACCCGCGCCAGCAGUACACCCUCGAGGCAAGGAAUCUGGAACAGAAAAGGGAAUGGGCGCUGCAAUUGAAGCGUGUCAUCCUGGAGAACUACGACGCCGUCAUUCCACUCCACGCCCGCCAAUUGGUCCUGCAGUUGGGUCAGGACCAGCGCUGCAACCAGGAGCGGCCGGCUAGCAACAGCAGCAGCCACGGCUACGACCGAGGAGACUACGCUUACAGCGCCACCUCGUCUGGCAGCGGAUCCUCAUCGGCCGCUCACCACCACGUCAAGAGGCACCAACACUCGGCUCCCGAAUACCUGGAGAGGCGCAAACACUCGACCGCCGGCCUCACGGCCAAAGGUCGCAGCCGCAAGGGUCGAAAAUUGAGCCACGACGGAUCCAGUCCGCGUGAAUCGCCGCUCAUCCCGCGACGAUUGCGCAGGAGUUUGGACUCGCGCGACAGGAGCGUCAGUCAGGACAGGAGCGACGUCGAUCACGAGCGCAAGUGCAGUACGCACAGCUGUCCGUCGGCGGCCGAAGCGGCUAAAAAUAAGGUGCGGAAAUUUGGAGCGUGGCGGCGUCGGUCUGAACCUUGUCGGGAAACGAGUCAGGUUGUGAGCCAGAGUGAAGCGGAACCAACGAGUUGUACAAAUGCUGGGAGCGGCGGCCUCAGCAGCAGCGCCGUCAACGGCAAGAUGCGUGACGAACAACUGCGGGAAUCGAGCGGGGCGCUUCAAGUUGAAAUUGCCGGUCCGUCCUCGUCCAGGGCGGUGGCGGCGGCGGCAGUCGACCCGGAACCGCUCAUGCUCCUCUCACCGCCACCGCAACAAUUGCAACAAUUGCAACAACUGCAACAACUGCAACCGCAGCGGAUAGUGCCCGAGAGCCUGGAACGCAUCGUCGAGCAACUAGUGCUGCAGAAUGUGGAAAUCCAACGGAUCCUGCAGCGCAAGAAGCGGAGGGCGGCCGAGCGCCAGCCGUCGUCGUCGUCGUCGUCGUCGCGUCCCUACGUCGUCCGCUCCGAGUCGACGACGCUGGACGAGGGCAUCUACGACACGCUCCUCUCGCCUUCGGGACCCGGCAGCAUGAUGGAAGCGGUCGGAGGCGUUUUGUCAGACAUUGACGGCGACUACGUCACGAUCCGGGCCGAGGGCGGAGGAGUAGGAGGCGGACACUUUAGCCGCUGCCAUUUGCGCCGCUCGCUGGGCAACAAGACGCCAGAAAGUAUGGCCGACUCGUCUCAGUUGGCCGGCCUUUCCAACGCCUUUUCCUGCCAGCAGCAGCUGCAAAAGGCCACCCUCAGCCGCUCGCUGUCGUGUCCAGCACGUGGCCAGCAGGCCGUUCGAGUGGCCAAGAAAUCGGAAGCCUCGAUCGCCGAGAGCGGCGCCACCGCCGCCUCGCUGGCCACAGUCGGCGGCCGCAUCCAGAAGCUCUUGAACCACAUUGGCUCGCCGGAUCACUGGUCCAACUGGAUCCGUUCCUUGUCGCCACCGCAGCGGAGGACUUCGACCGACUUGCAGUCCGUCGAGCCGGAUGCCAGCAGCACCAGCCGGAGUCGCUCGAGGAGGGAACCCAUCGACUUGGACGUCGAUCCCUUGAACAUAUCGACCAGCCCUUGUGUGCCUUCCGUCUGGCUCCAGAUGCAGAGCGAACAUUUGGCGGAGCCGGGCAAGAAAUCCGGUUCACUCCCUCGCAGUUUCCAGACUCCACCGGAUGUCAAGUCUCGUUGGAUGGAUCGACCAGUCACCAUCGCAUCCGAUCGUCCGGCUCCCAUCGACCUUCAGACGGACGCCCUCGAGCUCUACAUCCGCUCACAGACAGAGCGGCCGUCUGAUCAGACGGAUCAGCAUUCGACCACCGAAGGAUUCGACGACAGUUUGACCGACAUUCCCAGUACGCCUCGCGUCAGCACGGACAACAUCCACGUCCAUCCGGAUUACAAAAUCUACCGCAGGAGCGCCUCCAAGUCGUCGCUGAAGACGGUCUUGUCUUCCGUGUCCUCUAAGCUCCGCUCGGGCUCUGAGCACUUUUGGGGGUCGCUCUUCAGUCUGAGCCACGACGACAGCGGCACGGCUUCCUCGUCGUCGGCCGGCCGGCAGCACAGCAAAGUCGUCCACUACCUGGCCAGCCGCUACGCCCAUUUGCUGAGACAGCGUCACAACAGCCUGCAGCACAACGGAAACAGUCCGGCCGCGGCCGCUCACAGCGCCGCCGUGGGCGCCCGCAUCGCCAACUUGUCUGAUUCGACUGAUUACGUCAUCCCCAAGUACAGCUGCUCACCCGCAACGCCUAGUUGUUAUUCGACGUCGCGCUCGGACCUGUCGUCCUCCAAGUCGACGGCCUCGCUGGCCUCGAAAACGACGUGGUACGGGACGCUUGAGUCUACGAGGGACGCGGCCAUGCAGAUGAUGAUGAUGGACUCUGACGAUUCCGACAGCGACCAAGAGGACGACGAGGAUUCGGCGACGGGCAUGGACGGCUUCUUUUACGAGCGAGCCUUUGAAGCUGUCGAGCAACUGCUGGACGGGGCCGCCGCCGACUGGUGCCGCGACAGCGCCAUCUUUAGCGAUCGGGACGAGACGGGCAGCGUGACGGAGUCGAUUGUCGUCAAAACGAAACCGCCGCCACCUCCUGUCGCCUCCAAAUCGCACCGAGGAGUCCACAACCAACAGCAGCAGCAGCACAGUCGCCAUCGCGGGAUGGCCAUCCUGGAUCGGAUGCGAUCGCUGGAGGAGAAUGGCGGCAGCGUUCGUUCCGGCGGCAAGGAAGUGUCGGCCAGCGCUUCACUGGAAAAUCUGAAAUCCAUCAGCCAGCGUCGUAUGGAGCUGAUUCAGGCCGUUUCGUCGGCUGCCAAGACGCCGGGCGACGAGAGCGAGACGAGUUCCCAGCAUUCGACAUCCACCGUCAACACGGUGGUGGAAGUGCAUCCAGCCGGCGGCGGCUUCUCUGACGAUCUCGUCGACUCGCAUUCGCCCGUUCAUCAGCGUCGAACUGGCGCCGCCGUCGUCAUGGUCCGCUCUCAGCCGAGGAAAGGGCCCGACUCUCUUUCUCCGACGGCCUCUUCUUCUUCGUCGUCGUCGGCAUCCGCCGUUCCCUUGCCCAAGGGUUGGGUGAAGCAUAUUAUCGGGAAAUUGCAAGGUGACGCGAAAUAGCUUUAAUUUUCUGGUUUCGUUUCUUCUUCUUAGUGAAAAAAAGGAGAGAAGAAUGAAAAUGACUAACUCGUUGCUUCCUUUAACUUGAUAAUAAGCCCCGUGCAAUCCUUCACCAACAGUUUUUCUUCUUUUCGUUGAAAACAAAUUUUUUUUUUACCUCAGCGACGAACUCGUUGUCCUCCUCCUCCUCUGUCUUUGACUUGAUGAUCACCAAGUCGAAUGCCCAGUGGAAAGACACACUGCGCAAUUCCUUUGCAAAUCGACACGUUAAAACGAUUUCCCUUGCCAAAACGAAAGCAAAAAGAAAAAACAUGAUUCCCUUUUUCGUUUGUUUUUUUAAAUCUCGCCAGAGCACUUGUUCCCGCCUCGUCAAGAAGCGGAGGACAUGUCGCAACAACGAUAGACGAGCGCAAAUUUACAUAUUAAAAAAAAAGAGUAACCCGCACAAAAAAAAAGUUAAACAUAAUAAUAACAAAUUACAUUUGACGGGUAUGUUUAGUAAAAAGAAAAACCUCGCCCCUUAUCGAUCAAACUAAUUAACAUUAUUACACCAACUCGGUUAUUUAACACUCUCGUUCCCCGAUUUUUUUGUUUCAAACUUUCCGUACUCCCACACACAUACACUUUGCUUUACGAAUCGUUUCACAUUUGUAUAUAAUACCCGACCUAGUCAGUUACAAGCAAUACAAGUUUCUAUCUAUCUA